AUGUUUGUUAUCAAUUUAAACGAGGACAAAACAAGAAUACAAGUGAAAACCAGUGCGGAGCAAAACUCGCAAUUAAUUGCUGAAGGAAAUGUUGCUGCUGAUGUGCCCGAUCACACUGUAUUGAUUCUAUUCGAUCAAAUCGCUCUAUUGCCCAGUGAUUAUCAACAGAUUGAUCAACUUCUCUCAACUGUGAGCUCUUACGUUAGUGCUAUAUAUCAUUCAUUGAUAUGUAUUCGCUUUCCCCGUACAUUCGACAAUCAAAUUCCAUUUGACAAACUUCAAUAUCGCAACGAAUGUUCAGACUUUAUGAGUGCAAACACGGAUGAUUUAAAGUAUUAUCCUGAAAAUAAUUUCCAAGGUAGACAAGAUCAGUAUGAAUUAGUAAGCGAUCGAAAUAUAAUACUUGGUUAUGCCGAACAGUUACUGCAGCUCAUGACUCGAGAGGCAUUUUGGUCGAAGAACUGGAAUUUGCAAGAAAUGAGCGAUCGAAUCAAUUCAGCAACAAAUAAUGCAAUGAUUUUAGACAAAAUCAAUCACAUUCCCUGUGCAUUUGGACGUCUAUUCUUAGUGGAAUCAAGCAAUGAACAGUUUGGAUAUAUAUCCGAUAUAGCUGUUGAUAGUGCUCAACAAUCGAAAGGACUCGGACGAGUUCUAGUCAAUUAUUUCGUUGGAGUUGUUUGCAAUUCAGAAAAGCUGAACUCUACGCUGUGCUUACAAUGUGCUAAAGAAGGUAGUGGAGCAAUAUCUGCAACAAAAUUAUAUCGUAGGUCCGGCUUUGAAUUCUUUCAUAUUCAUGGUAAUCGUAUCGCUAUUUUCCCGAAAAAGAAGGUGGCAUCAGAACAGUCAAGCGCAUAG